AUGUCGACCAUUGCUUCUUUUAAGAUCCCGAAGAUUCUGAAUGAGCCAAACCACCACUAUGCCAAAGGAUCCGCCCAAAGAGCUGGCCUCACAGCGGCCCUUGAGAGCUUUCAAAAGAAAGCUCCCUUAGAGGUUCCACUAGUUAUCGGAGGCAAGGAGAUUAAAACCUCGACGAUCUUGACACAGCAAAACCCAUCUAAUCACUCCUCCACAAUCGCCUCAUACUCCAAUGCCUCACCUUCCGAUGUCUCCGCGGCCAUCGAUGCGGCGCUCGCUGCGAAGCCAGCAUGGGAGUCUCUCCCCUUCUCGGACCGAGCUGCGAUUUUCUUGAAGGCCGCAGAUUUGGUUGCUGGCAAAUACAGAUACGAAAUUAUGGCUGCGACGAUGCUUGGCCAGGGGAAGAAUGCAUGGCAAGCCGAAAUCGAUUCCGCUGCCGAGCUGGUUGAUUUUCUGAGAUUCAACGUGCAGUAUGCUGAGGAGUUAUACGCACAGCAGCCAGCGCACCACUCCGCUGGGGUAUGGAACCGGGUUGAGUACCGUCCUUUGGAGGGAUUUGUUUAUGCUGUUUCACCAUUUAAUUUCACAGCCAUCGCAGGCAAUUUACCUGGUGCGCCGGCGUUGAUGGGGAAUGUUGUUGUAUGGAAGCCAUCGGAUUCUGCUAUUGCAUCCAACUGGCUGCUGUAUAACAUUUUCCUGGAGGCCGGUCUCCCAAAGAAUGUCAUCCAGUUCGUCCCUGGAAACCCCGAGGAGGUUACGAAGGUCGUUUUGGCGCAUAAGAAGCUCGCAGCGCUUCACUAUACCGGCAGCACCGCUGUGUUCCGCAAACUUUAUGGUUCCAUUGCCUCCGGCGUUGCUGAAGGCAGAUAUCAAGGCUAUCCACGCAUAGUAGGUGAGACUGGAGGGAAGAAUUUCCAUCUCAUCCAUUCAUCGGCGGAUGUUGAGAACGCAGCCUUGAACACCGUUCGCGGGGCUUUCGAAUACCAAGGCCAGAAGUGCAGCGCCACAUCCCGAGCCUACGUUCCCAAGUCAAUCUGGCCGCAAUUCAAGGAAAUAUUAGUCAAGGAGGCCUCCGCACUAUCAAUUGGAGAGCCCACAGAUUACAAGAACUUCAUCGGCCCAGUCAUCCAUGCAGCAUCUUUCAAGAAGCUGUCUGGCGUCAUCGACGCAGCGAAAGAGGACAAGGAGCUCGAAUUGCUGGUUGGAGGCAAGCAUGACAAUUCCAAGGGAUACUAUAUCCACCCCACCAUCUACGCCACAAACAACCCACAACACCACCUCCUCUCCACAGAACUCUUCGGACCUAUCCUCACCGUGCACGUCUACGACGACACCACCUCCCCCGUGGAAGCCUUCUCUGCCGCCUGCGAGCUCGUCGACAGCACCUCCGAGUACGGCCUCACGGGCUCCAUCUUCGCCACCGACCGCGCAGCUAUCCGCUUCGCCGAGGACGCGCUACGGAACUCUGCUGGGAACUUUUAUAUCAAUUGCAAGAGCACCGGUGCUGUUGUUGGACAGCAGCCGUUUGGCGGCGCGAGAGCUAGUGGCACGAAUGAUAAGGCGGGGAGCCCGAAUUUGCUGGCUAGGUUUGUGAGCAUGAGGAGUAUUAAGGAGGAGUUUGUUUCCACGACCAAGGUGGAGUAUCCCAGUAAUGAGGUUUGA